CUCUGCUUCUCCUUGCCCCUGCCCACACUUGAAAAUCAAAACUUAUAGUCUGUGCUGUAUACCUAUUAAAAAUACAGGCACAUUCCAGUAGUGUGCGUGUGACUGGCUGUGUCAUCUGUUUAUGCUUCAUGAUUUGAAAGGGAAAAACAAAACCAUAAACAGAGGAGGAAGUAAAAAGAGGAGUAUCAUGAUAUAAUUAUACCUGCUGUGAAGAAUAUCAGAAACCACUUUGUAUCUUUAUUUCCUUUUUAGCAUUUUUUUCUUUUCCUUUUUUUGCCUUUCUUGCCUUUUAGCUUUCUUUUUUCUCCCUUAGUUUGUAUUGAUUUUUUUUACCAUUCUUUUAAAAAGUUUUAAUAAAAGUUAUUUAUAAAAAAAAACAGAGGAGGAAGUGCCUUUUUGUAUCUGUGCAAUGUGUGUGUCAUUUUUCUGAUGAUCUUACAGGUCGUUUCAGGUAAGUCAUGUGACCAGCCAAACUUUAAAAAUCUCGACUGUUACAACAUUUCCAGCACUUAGAACCCAGCCUGUUAUCAGGUAUCUUCCUUGAACUUUAUGAGGUAGGUCUUAGCCUUGCAUAUAUAUAUAUAUAGGAGAAUGCAUAUCAUAAUUGUUUAAAUAAGAGAUUGUUCUAGCAUCACAGAAGUGGCCACAAAAUUGGCAAGGCUUCUCUUCCAGGAUUUAUUACUUCAUUUUGGACAAGAAAAAGUAUUUGGAGAACACAGGACUAAUUUGGAUUGAAGAAAAACCAGCUUUUGGAAAAGGGAGUUAGAACCAAUACGCAGAUCCAGAGCAACACUGUUUCACACAGCUAUGCCUUUUUGGCAGUUAUUUUACAUGCACCAACAGAAGAGGAAGCGACAGCAAUGGCGGCCCUUGAAAACAAAAAGCUUUGCAGAGCCCAAUAAGCUUAGCCAACAGAACUAUCACACUUUGCUGGCAGAGUGCUUGAAGAAAGGGUGUUUGUUUGAAGACCAGUCCUUCCCAGCAGAUGUGAGAUCCAUAGGCACAGGACCAUUACUCCAGGAACUGCCCCAAUGGAUACAGUGGAAGAGGCCACAUGAGCUGCACAAGAAUCCAAUCUUUUAUUCUACCAACAAAAAAAGGCUUGCUCUAUGUCAAGGACUGAUAGAGAACUGCUGGUUUUUGGCUGCCGUGGAAGCUUUAACAUUUCAUGAAGAUAUUUUGCUUAAUGUGGUACCACAAAAUCAGAGUUUUGAGACGAAGAAAUAUGCUGGAAUAUUUCAUUUCAAGUUCUGGCAUUUUGGGGAGUGGGUUGACAUCGUAGUAGAUGAUCGAUUACCAGUAAAUGAAGCCGGUCAGCUUGUUUUUCUCUCUUCUGUUUACAAGAAUCUAUUCUGGGGAUCUCUUCUGGAAAAAGCUUAUGCCAAGCUGUGUGGUUCUUAUGAAGAUCUACAGAUUGGUCAAGUGUCGGAAGCUCUGGUAGAUUUCACAGGGGGAGUCAAUAUAACAAUAAAGUUGGCUGAAGCACCACCUGAUCUCUGGGAUAUCUUGACAAGAGCAACUUACAGCAGAUCGCUCAUGGGGUGCCAGACUGAUGCAGGGCCAACAAAGGUCCUAGCGAAUGGCUUAGUGGCUAGUCAUGCCUAUGCUGUGACUGGCAUUCGAAAGGUGACAUGCAAACAUGGACCUGAAAAUUUAGUAAGGCUAAGAAAUCCCUGGGGAAAAGUUGAGUGGCAAGGGGAUUGGAGUGACAGCUCUGGAAAAUGGGAGCUGCUCAGCCCCAAAGAGAAGAUUUUGCUACGAAGAAAUUCUGAUGAUGGAGAAUUCUGGAUGUCACUGGAAGACUUGAAAAUUCAUUUUAUGGAUCUGGUGAUCUGUAAAUUAACUCCAGAUCUCAUGAGUCAGGAAGAUGGGAAGAAGUGGACAUGCUCCAUGCAGUUUGGCAAAUGGAUCAAAGGAAGCACAGCAGGUGGCAGAUUGAAGAACUUCAGAGGCUCAUUUUGGACAAAUCCCCAAUACUUGUUGAAAGUUUUGCAAGGCAAUGGAAGCAAAAGAUCUUUAUACUCCUGCAGUGUGCUGGUGUCUCUUAUCCAAAAACACAGUGGCAAACAUCGGAAUCGAGUCCCUCAUUUGCACAUAGGCUUAUCACUCUAUAAGGUGGACCAGGAGUUCUGUGAUAACAAUAAAAAGCUGCCUCCUUCUUUCUUCAUUUGGAACGCACGUUUGGGUCAAUCGCUCUUUGUGAAUAAUCGGGAAGUGACUCAGGAUUUCCGCCUCUCUCCUGGGAUGUAUGUGGUGGUUCCCUCUACUUUGGAACCUCAUCAGGAGUCGGAGUUCAUCUUGCGAGUCUUCUCCAGAAGGCACAGCUUGCGUGAAUUGGGUGGAGACUCCAGCUGUGUCCUUUCGAAGGAAAUAGUUGAUAAACAUGAAGAUUGCAAAGAAUUCUUCUCUAAGUAUUUUGAUCAAUAUCCUGAAAUAAACGUAGUGCAGCUGCAAAGGAUCCUAAACAACAUGGCAAAUCAUCAAAAUUAUGGGAUGAGAUUUAGCCUGGAUGCCUGCCGUAGUAUCUUGGCCCUCUUAGAUCUUAACAGUACUGGAACCUUGAGCAUUCAAGAAUUCAGAUUUCUCAGGAAGAAGCUGCUUCUAUACCAGGAAGUUUUCCAGAGAAACGAUACCCAUCAAUUAGGAACCUUGGAUCAGUUACAAUUGUGUGUUGCUAUGCAAGAAACAGAGCAGAAGAUACAGAAUACUAACUGGCCAUUCUUGGUAUCCAAGAACACCAGGAUCCCCUUCAACCUUUCUCCCCUUCCCCCCACCAGACCAGAGUCCUACAUGAAAGAUCUCGAGCUGGCAGUGGGCUUAGAGGAAAAAGCCCAACAGGGCUUUUGGGCAGAGCUGCAGAGUGCGGCUGAGUCGGGCUGGGAUUUCUACUCCCGCUGGUUCUUGCCAGGCUCCCCACCACUGCAGGACUCACUACAAGGCACCAGAGUAAGGGGAGUUGUGCCGGUGGAUUUAAACGCCAUUCUUUGCAAAGUCGAGCAGCCGUUAGCCACUUUCUACCAAGUCCUUGGUGAGAAAUGGGGCAAAGUGAGGCAGCUGCCAUCAGCUCCCUCAUGGGGGGGGGGUGUUGCCUCUUGCUUGAUGGCUGUGUGGCCAGGGAAGGCUCGCUUGGUUCGGGGGCCCUGUUGCACCUUUUGCCAACCCCUGGAAUCGGGGCCAGACAGGAUAGGGCAUCUCAGGGCAGCCUUUCCUCUACCCACCAUCACUGGCCCUCUUCUUUGUGGGUGCCUGCCGGAGAGUUCGGCCCUAUCCUACACUAACGGACUGCCCACCUCCCUGACACAGAUGGGACAGCAAUGGGACCUUCCAAAUGCCUAGGCCCCUGUCCAGCACAUGGUGGUCUUAGGUCUGGCCAAAUCCUCCUCUCCCCGGGCACGAGAGCUGGCCUUCAGCCUGGCUCAGCGCUGGCUGCAGAUGAACUUGGCUGUCUUUGAGAAGUAUGGAGGUAUGUUUGAGAAGUAUGAUGUCGAAGGUGAUGGGAAGCCAGGUGGUGGUGGGGAGUAUCCAGUGCAGGAAGGGUUUGGCUGGACGAAUGGGGUGGCCCUGCAACUGCUAGAUCUGUAUGGAGAGCAGCUCACGGCUGCCAGCUCUCUCUGCUCUCCCUCCUGGCCCUGGAUUGGGGCCUGCCUUAUCCUGGUCCUGUUCUCACAGCUUCCUGGAUUGUUCGGGGAUGGACCUGUCCAAUGGGACGGGUAGCCAUCUCCUUGGCUUGGCUCUCGAGAUCCUCUGAUGGGUGUGGCCCAGCUUCAGCAGAACAACUGUGGGUGUGCAUACCCUGCACAGCCUAUAGGAGAACCCUUCUCUCCUCAGUCGUCCCUGGCAGUGUGGCCAGACGGUGGUGCAUAUGCAUAGGCAAUAAAGUUCUCCAAGUACA